ACACAACUCUGACAGAUGUGGAUGUACAAAAAGUUCCCUUCGCUACCUCUCAGUUCCCUAGGAGGACUGGUCGUCCGGAGACAAUAAGUUCCUCUUCUGUAGUUUCGCUUUGUCAAAGUUGUGGACCAGAGUUUGAGGAUCCGCUAAUCUGUACACUUGGUAAUGGCUGCUCUUGAGAAUUCUUCAACACUUCAUGGGAAACACAGACGAUUGGGAAGACAAACCCAAAAAGACAGCCUAAAAUGGGAGCAGGGACAACAGACUAUGCUGGGGAAAGCAAAUGAGUUUUUUCAGAUCUGUGAUAUCGAGGACAAAGGCUUCAUUGCGCGAUGUGAUAUGCAGAGGCUACAUGGAGAGUUACCUCUUAGUCAGGAAGAACUGGAGAAAGUUUUCGACACCCUGGAUGCUGACGGAAAUGGUUUUCUGACCUUAGAAGAAUUCACUACCGGAUUUAGUCAAUUUCUGCAUGGAGAGGAAAUUCCAGCUCAUGAAACACCUCAUGGAGAACUUGAUGCACAACUGGAAUUUGAAAAUACGUAUCAAACAAAAUGGGAAGAAAGUAAUCAGGAAACACAAGAGGAGGACGAGAAUACUCAAUUCUACAACCUAAUUGACGGUUUAGGGGCAAACAAAUUUUUGGAAGAUGAGAAUGCCAUUAAGCGUUUAUGGAUGGAGUUAAGGAAGGAUGAACCUCACCUGCUUCCAAGCUUUGAACAUUUUCUCACAAGGGUCUUUUCACAGCUCCAGGAAGCCAACGAGGAGAAGAAUGAAAUGGAGUGUGCCCUCAAGAAGAAAAUCGCCACGUAUGAUGGUGAAAUACAAAACUUGUACGAAGAGAUGGAACAACAGAUAAAAUCUGAGAAGGAACAAUUUCUCUUGCAAGACACAGAGCGAUUUCACACUCGCAGCCACGAGCUAGAGGGGAAGCUGCUGAACAAAGAGCAGGAAUUGGAUCAUCUCAUGCAGAAGCAGAGAAGGCUGGAGACACAAUGUACAGAACUCAAUAAUGACAAGUACGAAACGAAAGCAGAGAAUGAAAAGCUCAGGCUGACAAACAAAGAGAUGAGACGAGAGCUGGAACGGACUUCUCAGGAGUUACUAACUGCUCAGAGACAGCUGAAGAUCCUGCAGGAAGAAGCUUCCCAACUACACGAAGAGAGAGAAAUGGAAGUAUAUCGGGUGACAGAGAGCUUACAUCGAGAAAGGACCGCACUGCUCAAACAGCUCGAUUUGUUAAGAGAGAUGAAUAAACACUUACGGGAUGAGCGUGACAGCUUUAUACAGCAGAAAUCAAAGAUCAACUCCUCAAAAUCAAUACAGAAUCAGAGAUCUGGAUCUAUCAUUGGAAAUUAUUUUGAGAGGAAGCCUUCUGUGAAAAGUCAGUCAUCAGAAGAAGAUGAUGCGUUCACCACAAAGCGAUAUUCAACUGGAUUAAAUGGAAAUGUCUCCCCUAUAACAGAACCUGAUAGUUCCACAGAACCUAAACAAAGCAAAUCUCAUCCACUGCAAAGGAUAAUAUCCAUCGAGGAGGAUCAUCUUCCCCAAUAUUUAGACAGCCAGCAAGACAGAGCACUAAAUAACUGGCAGGAGGAUGAUGAGAAGGAAGAGAUCAUUGCUUUUAGUGAGGAGAACAUCCAUAAAGUGGAACACACAGCAGAGGAAGCUUUACCAUCUUCCCCCAGAGGGCAGCCUGUUGGAAAAGAGACUCUGCCAAGUGAAGAACGCAUGUACAGCCAGCCGGACCGGUUAUUUAAAAUUGUUGUGGUGGGAAAUUCUAGCGUGGGGAAGACAUCAUUUCUCAGACGGUUCUGUGAAGACAAUUUUUACGCUGGGACUUCAGCUACAGUGGGUAUUGAUUACAGCGUAAAGACGGUGACGGUGGAUAACUGCCAGGUAGCAUUACAGCUCUGGGACACAGCUGGACAAGAAAGAUACCGUAGUAUCACUAAGCAGUUCUUUAGAAAAGCUGAUGGUGUUGUUGUAAUGUAUGACAUCACAUCCAAGGAGACAUUCACGGCUGUACGGCAAUGGCUUACCAGUGUAGAGGAUGGAGCUGGAGAAAAUAUACCUAUAUUAAUGUUAGGUAAUAAAACAGACAUUGAAAAGGAAAGAGAGGUUCCCUGCGGUCUGGGAGAGCACUUAUCUAAGGACUGUAAUUUGAUUUUCUAUGAAUGCAGUGCCUCUAGUGGACAGAAUGUUAAAGACUCUGUUCUACAUUUAGCAAGGAUAUUGAAAGAACAAGAAGAUAAAGUGAAGGAAAAGACAGUGCGGCUGCUGGACUCUCCCAAGAAGAAGAGCUGCUGUUCCAGGCAGUAGCUGAUGAUGUCUGAUGUCUCAUUUGAUGUAUACACUACUGUCCUAGGACUAGAUUUCCUAAGAUGUAUAUUUAUGUAGUAUAAUACUACCAAUCAACAUAAUAUUUAUUGCUAAAUUGCUACAAACUGUUUCCUUUCCUGAUAUGUAAUU